AUGAAAGAGAAUCUUGACGUAAAGCUAAGUUUGUUGGUGGGUUCUUUCUCAAAUGAGCCCGCUGAAAAGAACGCCUCACUGAAUAGACUAUUCGAUGAAGGAUAUAGUGCUGACCCGUUUCCACAAAAGAUACUUGAUAUGCGGAACAAAGGCCGGCUGCUUUACCGAGGCAGCAUAUAUGUACCCGACUACGACCCUCUCAAGCUCCGAAUUCUCCAACUUUAUCAUGAUGCCCCCUCCACCGGACACCCUGGAUGCGAAAAAACAUUCGAACUCAUCAGUCGAGACUACCACUGGCCCUUUAUAUGGAAUUAUAUUGCCCGCUACGUUCGGAACUGCCAUACCUGUCAACGAAGCAAACCCAACACCCAUGGAAAACUCGGCGUACUUCGACUAUUACCGAUUCCCGAACAACCAUGGCAGGAGGUAUCAAUGGACUUCAUAACUAGCCUACCUGAGAGCGAAGGGUAUGACGCGAUUAUGGUAGUUGUUGACCGGUUAACAAAGAUGCGAAAUCUCCUGCCCUGUAAUACCACUGUCAACUCCGAAGACGUCGCCCAACUAUAUCUGGGAAAUAUAUGGAAGCUCCACGGAUUACCUACACAUGUCACCUCCGACCGCGGUACGCAAUUUACAGCCAAGUUCUGGAGGGCUCUCUGUAAACACCUCAAGAUCGAAGCCAGAAUGUCUACCGCCUUCCACCCGGAAACCGAUGGCCAAACUGAAAGGUUGAACGCCCUCCCUAUGGCAGAAUUCUCCUGCAAUAAUCAGGUCUCUGCAUCCACCAAAGCUACACCAUUAUUCGCGAACUAUGGUUUUCACCACCGGUUUACAGUGAUAAUUAAAUCGCUUGAUAGGACCCCAUCAAGCCUCAAUGUUAAAGACUUCGCCUUGAAGAUGAAGGAACUCCACGAACACCUACGUUCCAAUAUCUGCACAGCGCAAGACCAACAAGAGCAGGCCAUUAAUACUAAACGAACGCCGGCUCCGCAGUACAAUAUCGGCGAUAUGGUAUUUGUUUCAACAAAAAACAUCCGAACCACCCGUAACUCUCGGAAGUUGGACUGGAAGAAACUGGGAGUGUUCUCCGUUACAGAAAUCAUAUAG